AUGACCAUAGAACAGAAACAAAGAUUAGUUUAUGAAUAUAUGAAGAUUAAAAAAAAUCGGAAUAAUAAUAGCAAUGAUAAUAACAACAAUAAUAAUAAUCAGAACAGAAUACUCCGAGAAAAUCUUAAUGUUCACGAGACAGAUAAUCGAUAUUUUAUGGCAAUAUUUUUACAAGAUGCUAUCAAUAUUCAUGUUAAACCACGAAGUAGAUCAAGGUCAAACGAUUCAAUGUUCAAUAGUGAGGUUUGUUUAAAUCAGAGAAGCAAUCCAGAGCGGAAUAAACGAAUUCAAGAUAAUUUAGAUGAAGCAUUAAUCGCUGAAUUACCGUAUAUAUUUAAAUUGAACGAUAAAAUACAUCAUGCUGCUUGUAAUGUGAUUUGUGCUGGAUGUAAUACAGUCAUCGGUGUACGAUAUGUACCACGUGCUGAUCAUAUUGGAAUGAAACCGGCUUCGUUACUAUUGAAGGAGUAUAUUAAGGAGCGUAACGCUACUACUGAUAAUCCUAUUGAUACCACUUCUCCUUCUAUUCCUAAUAUUACCAAUAUGAAUUCAUCAGAUUUCAAAGAAUCCACAUCCUAUGAUCUACCUGAAUGGGGGUGUGAAAUCCCAUCCGUGAAACCAGAAGAUGAUGGUUGGAUAACUAUCUCGCUACAGCGUGUAUCUAUCCAGCCGCUUUUCAGUCUAAUCGGUUUAGAUCAAUAUUCUAUACGUUAUCAAGGAGGGGAAUUGAUGCCAAGACAUUAUCAUAGUAUUGAGUCAUCGAAUGAAUUCUCACAGAAUUCUGAUACAUGGAUGUAUCCUACACGACGAAUUGAUAAAUCCUGCCGAUUAGGUAAACAUCGUGAAAUUGGCUGGAAUAAAACAUUUUAUGAUUUAGAAAGACUUGAUAAAACUGUACCCUAUUCAAUGGUCUAUGGGGAUUUAAUAACAGGGACAAUUAGAAGAUUAUAUGAUAUUUAUCCUGAAAAGAAAACCAUUAAGGGUACCAGUCAAUGA